AUGGCUUCAUGGCAAGUUCCAUCAAAGAUUUCGGCAGUGACCCAAAAAGUUGCACUGGAAAUAGAUUCCAUAUUGAUGGACAGACUGGGUUAUUCACUGAUACAAUUGAUGGAACUUGCUGGUCUAUCAGCUUCUAUGGCGAUAAACGACAUGUACAAAAGGUUGAAUUGUGACAACAGAAAGGUACUGGUGUGUUCUGGUCCAGGCAACAACGGAGGAGAUGGAUUGGUCAUUUCACGACAUCUCUCUGAAUUUGGUUUUAAAACCACAUUAUUUUACCCCAAAAUUGGACAGAAGGAUAUAUACAAGAACCUUCUCUUGUUAUUGGAUAGUUAUGAUGUAAAAGUGUUAAACGAGUUACCAAAAGACCUAAUGGAAUACGGCAUGAUUAUUGAUGCACUUUUUGGGAUAAGUUUUAGACCGCCAAUGAGGAAACCUUUUGAUACCAUCAUAGAGAAUCUCGCAAAUGCAAAUGUACCGAUAAUUUCAAUUGAUACACCUUCGGGGUGGAACGUUGAUGAAGGUAUGUAAUAUGUCAACCCUGAGGAAUACAAUGACCAGACAAUUACAUAUCAACCCCGAAACAUUAGAUAUUUACA